GCUUCGUCCACCAGGACACCAGGCAAAAAGCUCGGCAAGAGCUGCAGAGCCUUCUCGACUACCAUUUUCCUGCGCCCACUCCAACCAGAGCCAUGGAGCGUCAGGUGCGAUUGCGUGUGGCUGAGUCUGGCGCAGGCAUUGACCUGACGCCCAGCGAUCGGGGCUUCCACAUAGACCACGUGGAGGACUUCCCAGGGCAAGAGUUCUCUGCUGGAGAGGUCAUCCUGGCUAUCAAUGGAUGCCCGCUCUCUGGUCUUACGGAGGAAGAAGUCGAGGACACCUUCGGAGCAAAUUUUGGGGACGGUGCCGUCCUCGUCAUCGGAAGCGCUUAG